ACACGCUCAUCAUCACACCGCCUCCUCUCCGGGUCCUCCCCCUGCAGCCAUCAUUGAUCGUUUCCAUGGAAACUGCCCAGUAUGCUACGCGUAUGUGUGGUAGCGGUAGCUUACGUAGCUUCCUCUGGCUGCGUUAUCACACGCUGGGUCAUUAUCAGGUGAGGACGGAGGGACCGGGUGACGAACGCGUGGAGAGGAGCCCAUCGAUGCUCUGAUGGCGUCCGACACCCUGAGCUUGUAUCUGACCUAGUGAGAGCGAGAGGAAGACGGCUAAUGGGUCCAAAGGUGGAGCGGAGUGAAAGCGCGUUUAAAGCCAAACAGAGCAGAUACGAGGCCGCUCUGCACACAGCGCGUCGCUAACGGACGCCGUGAUAACAGCCUCUGUAUCCGCGAUGCUGUUGGUGACGCGUGAAUCUGUUGUUUGAGCACAUUUAGCUUUUACCCGGUUCCCAGUUUAUUGUUUUACUGUUUUUAACCAACUGGAUUCAGGGGGAAGGUCCAAAUACUAGUGAGGAAGUGAGCUGAAGGCUGGAGGCCAGACAGCGGCAGAACUGACCUGCAGCUCAAGCUGUCUCCUAACAGUGGAGUGAGCGGAUGCGAUGGCUGUGUGACACACAACUGUGGCUGCGAACACAGACUCAGUGUAUGAUGAGCCGUCUGCAUUCUUACGCGCUCCGUCACGUUCCAGAUAUAACCUCAGGCUGCAGUGAGGCCUCGGUCCGAGCCGCGAGCUCCGCUGUGAGACGUCCACUCUGCUCUGCCUGGAGUUUGACUCCUUCGUAUGUUCGGGUGGACACAAUGAUGAAAGGAGAAGAUUCAGAUGAAGUAGAAAUCGACUUGAGAGACUCCAGUGACUCGGAGGAAUUUGAUGGGGAGGAACCUGAGACGCUGUGGAGGGCGCCUCCUGCUCUGGAGGAGGAGGACAACAUUCACACGACUUCGCUGGUGGAAAUCAGCGACACCAAACCUCUGAUUAACGCCAGAGACCCUCGGGGGAUCAACGACUGCCUCAAGGUGACGUUCGAGGAUGUGAUCGCGGAGCCGGCGUCCGUGCGCAGCGGGGACCGGGUGUGGAUCUGGAGCCACGCGCUGUUCGAGGUGUCGAGGGCGUGGAUCUACAGGGCGGUGGCGGCGCUCCUGGCCGUGCCCGUGGCGGCGCUCUCCGGCCUGCUCUUUGCGCUGCUCAGCUGCUUCCACAUCUGGAUGGUCGGCCCCUGUGCGCGCUGCGCCCUCAUCGGCACCCGCUGGCUGCAGAGCCUGUGGAGCGUGGUGCUGGGCCUCCUGGUGCGGCCCUUCCUCCAGAGCGCCGGGAGAUGCUGCGGCGGCUUCAGCAUCCACUUGGCCAAAGAAUGAGACCCGUACAGUGAAUAGGGAGGACGCCAGGACCGGGUCGUGACAUGUUCUUGUAAAUAAGGUUGUUGUGAGUGUGUUUAUUACAGAUGCUGAUGCAAAGCAGUGGGAUAUGCUGUGUAACUUAAAUCGUGUGUAAACUCCAUUAAUGAUGAGGAUUGGUUUAAUGUUCUCUUACAUUUGAACUAAAGAACAAAAACUAUUUGGA